GUUUUAAGACGCACAUGUUGCUAUUAAUUGACACGCUUAUUGCGCAUCACAGAGAGUAACGUUGACGCUCGUGGAAAUAAAGUACUAGUUCUAUUCAACAGAAUGCAGAAUCCUUAUAAUGUAUGGUCACAGCCGGCAUUUUACCAACCUAACUUUACUCCUUGGCACAACACGACACCAGCAACACAAAAUAGUAAUUACAAUCCUCCGGAGUCACAAUUUUGGCCGCAAUUCUACCACCAACCAUAUCAACAACCACCAUUGCCUCAGUCAUAUGAAGCUUCAUCUGGUAUAUAUAGCCACCGAGAGUUCACCCCAACAGCACAGUCAUUCUCUAAUCCUAAUUACGCUAUCAAGGACGGAAGGUAUAAACAUCGCCAGAGACCAUAUAACUCUCCACAUUACCAAUCGCGGCCUUAUAAGAAUGACAGACAGAGAGAUUAUAAUUCUAAUUCAGCAACAAAUAAGAACAAUUCUUCUCAAAGAAAUACCAAAAAUAAUCAAAUAAAACCGGAAAAAAAUAAAAAGAAGAAAAAUCUUAUUGAGGAUUUCCCUUUUAACUGUGAUAUUUGUGACCGUGGCUUCAAAACAGAGCUGAUUUACAAAGAACAUAUUGACUGUCAUGAAAAGUGCCCCAAAGAAAAUUGUAAUUAUUUUGCUGUCCCAAAAUUGGUUAAAAUACACGUCAAAAUGCAUCAUGAUACAGGACUUGCUAAAAAAAUAUGGAACAUGGAAUCCCAGGAAGAAAUUGAGAAAUGGAUUGCAGAAAGGAAACGGAAUUUCCCAACUACUGCUAAUAUUGCCAAGAAAAAAUUCAUAAUGGAUGACAAAAUUAGUCGUGGAGAGGUCCUAGAAUCAAAGUCCUUUCACCAUAGACCUGGUAUGCCUAGAGGAAAACAUCGUUAUAGCCAGACUAAACAUUUAAAAAGACGUUUUAGAAAGAAUCAAAGUUAUCAUUCUAGUGACAGGACUGUAGAAAACGAUACCUUGAAUUUAAAAAAUGCAUCUGAUCAACAUUCCUCUAGUUUGGAUCUUCUUGUGAACAACUAUAAUUCUGACAAUCCAGAACAGGAUGCAGAAAAUAAUAUGCCUCUAAAGAAGAAACAUGCUAAACUUUUAAAAUUACCAGAAUUUCCAAGGCCACCAUGGGAAAGUAAAGUAUUCCUUCGAAUUCGGCCAACUCUGCUAGAAAAGUUAUUGGCUAAAGAGAUACGCCAUGAGAGAAACAUCAUUCUGCAAUGCACCCACUAUAUUGUGGAAAACAAUUUCUUUCAAAAUAAACCUUUAUAAUAAAAAUAAAACCAAGUAUAAUUUUCUAAGUCACUAUAGAUACAGUGGCUGUGAUAAUUUAUACAAAAGAUUCUCUUUAAAAA